UUGUAGAAGGAGGAAGUAAGGCAGGAUGUGAAAGCCUGAGGAGUCCAAUGGGGAGGCCCAGCAUUUCCUCCCCUGAAAAGGAAGCAAAUAUUUCCUCUUAGGAACAAGAAACUUCAGCCAGCCCUUCUCUGCAUUGUGGGUGGGAGAAGGGAAUGGGGAGGGAGAGAGUGGAGAGGCAUUAGCUGCUCCGCCCCCUAUUGGAUGUAGGUUUCCUGGGGUGGGAGUGAGGCUGGUUACUUCCCAGGUCCUGACUGAGGGCCCAGUGCCUCAGCAGGGUAUCUUCUCGGCCCUGAAGGAUGCCAGAGGAGAGGGCUCAGCUUGGAAGACUUCCCUUUCUUAGCUGGCCUCGUGCUUGCUUCUCAUGCCCCACAAUUGCGGAGGCUCUGAGAGGGCUCAGGGCAGUGCAUCAGGCCCACGCCAGGGAACAGACAGCUGGAUGCAUGGCUGUGGCCUCCUGAAAGCCUCCCGUCAGCCUGGAUUUUUUCUGGUCUGUAGGAUACGGUCCGGGCUGGAUACUGCAGCUGGUCUUAGAACAAACUGGUCUGAGCACAGGCUCUUUAGCACCCUGAGUACAAGGGUGAGAUUGGGGAAUGGGGAAGGGGUGAAGAGGAGACGUGUUUAAUGUUGGAUUUCCCUUUCCAAGUUCAACGAAUUGCCUGCUGAAAGUAGGGGCUGUACUUGUGUAACAGAUUCACUGUGAUAAAUUGAUGCUUCCCUGCUGGGUUCAGAUCAGAGACCUAGGGGGCUGGUAGGGAGUUAGAAAGACGGGUGAGACCUAGGUGAUGAAGGAUCAUCAUGAUGUUGGUUGACGGCAUCCAGAGUAAAGUUCUAGCCCAACUCCCUAAUUUUACACACAGGGAAACUGAGGCCAGAGGAAGCCGGGUGUCUUCAAGGUCACAGAGCUGUAAGGGGUGGAACCUGAACAAGGAUCAUGGUUUCAUAACUUCUAAGGAAGUGCUCUUUGUAAGACCCAUGGAAGUGCUGCCAUCCAGAUUUGAUUAGAUGACCACUGUCUGUCUUCCUCACUGGAAGGUGGUGCUCGGGAGACAUCUGUGCCGUGAAAGUGAACACUGCUGGGGAGGAGUUCUCAGUGUCCUUCGUGUGCUGACGUAUAUCCUGACUCUCCAUAGGGUGAUGCAGCAGUUGGUCUUUUUACUUGCCAAAGGAAGACAGCAAAGGAAACGAUCUCUGAGUGGCAAGUAGGUGUGUGACUGCAUCCUUGUCAGCAUCCCAAGAGUGCACUGCAGUCUAAGCCAGCUCCCUGGGCAUUUGGUUGGUUGCAUGAAGCAUGGUCACUGCUGCUGAGGAAUCCUUUGGCUUGGGCUGAGUCGGUCCCUCCUGUGUCUUCAGUCCUUGCGGUGACAUCCACGUUGUUCCACUCGUGAUAAACGAAGGGCCUCUCGGGCUGUGCUCCUCGCCUUAUAAUGAGAAUUACCAGCAGGCCUGGAUGGAUCCAAAGUAAUGUGAGCCUGCUGUCCUGCAAAUGUCUGUAAUAAUAAAUGACAAGGAAGGCAGAAGAGACAUGGACGGGGCCAAGGGAAUCAGCAAAGGAUGAAGCACCCAGAGAGCAGCAACAGUGGAGAGUGCCUUCUGAUGAUAAUUGGCAAUCCCACGGAGCUGCCACUUGGAAACUAUAUGUACCAGCUGAGGACUGAACAUCUGACCAUUGUGGUGCAUCAUUCCCUUAUCACUGGAACAUCUACAGGUGGGGCCUGGCAGAAGGACCUCAGAGCGAGGCAUGACGGGAGACUCGUGGGCGCCGUGAUUGUCUACUCGUCGGCUGGGAGGUUUCAAGGCGCUGCUCCUGUUUUCCUUGCAGUCCUGGUACCAAGUGGCGGACCUACAGAGGGAUUCCAGGAGCUUCUCAGUCACUUCAGCUGUCUGUCAUCUUCCAUCAGAUGAACAGCUUCUAACCUGCUUCAGUUUCCCCUCAUCUUCCUUCAGAUGCACAGGGCCCUGUGAUUUAUGCAGGAGCAGAGGCAGCACGCAAUCGAGCUGUCAAGAGAGCGUCAGCUUAUUAGGCAAAUGCUGCGUGGUUUCUGAAGAGGGUCGACGCUAUAAAAUCCCACUCCGGGCUCUGGUGUGGAGAAACUCGGAGCCCAAGUCCGUUGAGAGACUGAAGAGAAAGAGAAGAGGGAAAGAAGAAGAGAGUGGGGAAAGAAAGGAGAAGGGAAGAAAACCCCUGAGAAAGCCCCGGAGCCGUUCCUCUGCAGAGCUGCGCAGCGCUCCGCUCACCUGCAGAAGCGCCUCAGAAGCGCCCCUAACAUGCGGCUGCCGCUGCUCGUGUCCGCGGGCGUCCUGCUGGUGGCUCUCCUGCCCUGCCCGCCAUGCAGGGCCCUCCUUAGCCGGGGGCCCGUCCCGGGGGCCCGGCAGGCCUCGCAGCACCCCCAGCCCCUGGAUUUCUUCCAGCCUUCGCCGCAGCCUCAGCAGCCGCAGGCUCGGCCCGGCCUGCUCCGCAUGGGGGAGGAGUACUUCCUCCGCCUGGGUAGCCUCAAUAAGAGCCCCGCUGCUCCGCUCUCGGCCGCCUCCUCGCCUCCUGCCGGCAGCAGCGGCAGCCGCCUUUCGCCGGACGAGGUGGCCGCCAACUUUUUCCGCGCGUUGCUGCAACAGCUGCUGCUGCCCCGGCGCCCGCUCGACAGCCCUGCGAGUCCGGUGGAACGCGGCGCCGAAAACGCCCUCGGCGGCCGCCAGGAGGCACCGGAGAGGGAGAGGCGAGCCGAGGAACCUCCCAUCUCCCUGGAUCUCACCUUCCACCUCCUCCGAGAAGUCUUGGAAAUGGCCAGGGCUGAGCAGUUAGCGCAGCAAGCUCACAGCAACAGGAAACUGAUGGAGAUUAUUGGGAAAUGAAACGGUGCGUUUGGCCAGAAAGAUUCUGCAUUUAACACAAAAAGUAAAAAUAAAAGAUAAUGCAGUAUUCUGUACCACAGCGUUGCCCUGAUACCAUUUGUUUAUUUUUAUAUAGCUUGAGACGUAGAGGAUGUACAGCAAGAGCGCCCAUACUCCUUAGCAUGCACAAAGUGUAUUCACGUGCAGUAACAGCAACAUCCUGUAAUUUGUACCGUGUACUUAUAGUUUCUAUUUCCAGGUGUCUUUAACAGUGUUUUAAAGAGAGUAUAGACCCAGGAGGAAAUGUUUUGAAGAAGCAGACAGAAGUCACCCAAUUGAUUUUGUUGUGGUUUGAGCCAAAAAGAAUGUCAUUCUCUUGGGUGGGUGAGACAAAAUCUGUAAGCUCUUUGAACCAACUUUUCCUUGUAAACGUUUCAGUAAUAAAACAGCUUUCCAAUCCUUGGUCAAUUUGGUUGUGUAAGAGAAUGUUGAAUAUUUAUAUUUCUAAUAAAAGCUGC